UGAUUUAUCCAUCUUUUAAUCGGUAAAAUACGACAGUCAUAAAAUUGUUUUAUAUAUCGAUAAAACUGGUGUUAACUGAUGCAAAACUUCAAUACAUUUUCAAUUUUGAGUGUACCCAUCGGCAAUUUAACUGAUAAAUCCGCUUACUAGAUAAUUGACCACCAAACAAGCAGGCCAGUGGAUGCAUGACGCAUGAUCUGUCACAGCUGUAGUGAGCAAUACGGCAAUGAAAAUGCCUUUGGAGCAAUAUUUUUGUUAUCUCCAAAAUACGCAUAAUAUUAUUUAUUUGCAGCACAGGAUUACAUUGUUAUUGGGAGAGAAAAAAAUCCUAUAACAUUUGUUUGAAUUGUGGAGUAGCAUGUAUCACCAUACAUUUCUGUGAUUAAUUUGGAGUCAGGUAACUAAUCAUAUAUGCAAAUCUCAGGAUUUUUUUAGAACAUGUAAGUAGGAGAAAUUGAUAAAUCUUAAUGAUUUUGAGGGUUUACAUAUACAUGAUGGUGAUUGGUAUGGAUUACAGAGAAUAAACAUGAUAAAAGUAACAAUAUAUUUUUAAGAGAGAAGAUUACUUUACCUUGCAUACUUAAAUUAUUUCACAGAAUUGGUUUUUUCCCUCAAAAUUAUGAUAAAUGGGUUUUGAUACAGAGUAAAUUAUACAUUUGUUUAAAAGUAAAAAUUUCAUAUAUUAAUGGUUCUGUCUUGAUCAGAUACGAUGUUUUGUCAAAUUCAAUCUGCUCCUGACCAUGUCUUUAUCAUGUUUAUGGCAAUUUUAAGAAAUUAGGAAUAUUGGUAAUUCAUAGCAUGAUAAUAUUAUAUAAUUAUAUUCAAAUCUUGUUGUAGAAUGUAGGAAAUUUCCUAUGCAGCACAGUGAAAUGUCCUCCAUUGGCUCGCUGACAGAUCUUUCGCAUCAUGACCGCAAAACAUCCAUCGUGGACGACCUCCUCUGUGAGAUAUACGACCGGUGGUACGAUGGUCGCCAUGAUAGUUUUGAGAGUGACACCUUCACGGAAUGUUCCAGUACGUCAGAGGUGUACCACUGGCACCGCAAUUCAUUCCAACUGGAGAACGACAAUAAACACUCCACUCGAAUCCUCCCCUCUGUCCUACAAACACAAAGUGUGACUGAGCUGAGGAAGACUGUAGAUGAGCUGCAGCAUCGCAUUAACUUUGUAUCGUCUCGCCUGGUGCGCCAACUGAAGAGACGAGACCGGAGAGUGGCCAAGCUCCAGCACAACUCGGAUCUGGUGACCGCCAUACUGCAGGCUGCCUCGCAAAAGAGAAGAAUUGACACCAGAAUUCGGUUCAGUUUGGAGCCCUUACCUGGAGAUAGUGCUUUCGACCAAUGGAGAGAUGCAAUGAAAGCAGUGGCCAGACUGCCUCAUGGGUUACCCGACAGCUUCCGUAAAAAGGUCUGGCUCAGUCUGGCCGAUAACUAUAUUAGAGAACAAUGCAUUGAUUGGACAAAGACGGUGCGAUUUGCAUUCAAUGACCGGAGCAACCCAGACGAUGACUCCCUUGGAAUUCAGAUCGUCAAGGAUUUGCAUAGAACAGGGUGUAGUGGAUUUAGCGGACAGGAAAACGACGAGGAUCGUGCUGUCUUGAAGAGGGUACUUCUGGGAUAUGCGCGCUGGAAUAAGAGCAUUGGUUACUGCCAGGGGUUUAACGUGAUCGCGGCCCUGCUUCUAGAGGUGAUGGACAGAAAGGAAGAUGAUGCAUUGAAGGUGAUGAUAUACCUGAUUGACCACGUGUUACCUGAUGGUUACUACGCCCACAAUCUGCGGGCCCUGUCCGUGGACAUGGCCGUGUUCCGCGACCUUCUGAGGGUGACCUUUCCCAAGCUCUCCAAACACCUGGACCAUCUACAGAGUGCAGCCCAGGACAACACCACAGGAGCUAGCUACGAGCCGCCCCUGACCAACGUGUUCACCAUGCAGUGGUUCCUGACCCUGUUUGCCACCUGUCUGCCCAAACACAUCGUCCUGAGGGUCUGGGACUCCAUCCUUCUAGAAGGGUCCGAGAUCUUACUGAGGACAGCACUAGCAAUCUGGGGAAAGCUCACAAAGAGGAUCCUGACGGCCAGCAGUGCUGAUGAGUUCUACUCUCUGAUGGGGGUACUCACCCAGGAAACCAUGGACGGGAGGAUCUUCAAUGCUGACCUCCUAGUCAAAUUUAUCUAUGCCUGUGCCCCUAUCCCCAUGCAACAACUCCCAGAACUGCGAGAGAAGUAUACCUAUAACAUCAGGCCCUUUACCAGUGCUGGAAACUCCAACAGGAAGGCAGGCAGUAUGUUGCCUAGCGAUGAGGAUGACCUUGAUGAAGAGGACCUUGAGGCCAUCAGCUGCUUUACUGGCAUCAUUCCAACAGCUAACGGGGCCAACAGAGGGAAAGGCUCUGACCUUGACCCCAGCACUGCAGACAUAUCAAUGGUGGGGCCUGGUGCCUAUGGUAUGGGUGGGGACUCCAAUCAGGCUGUAGGUUCCUCUGUGUACCUGGAAAGGAUGUGUACUGACAUAGGAUCCCUGAAAAAGCAGUACAGCAAGCUCAAACAGAGGCAGACACAGGCUCAUGUUAUCAUAGCAGCUGCCUCGGCCAAACAGCGGGCUAAAGUAAAGGCCCUGACACCCCACAUAGAUCCACCGAAGGCCAUCAAUCAUCUGUUCAUCAGCAAGGCCAUGCUUCCUAAUGUCAGAGGUUCCAAACACAGGGGUGGAAAAGCCAUGAUGGUUCCUCAUUUCCUCCAAAAAGGACAGAAAACAUCCUUGAAUAAACAAACUGUUCCAGAGACUGAAGCUACAACAGAGAGUGCAGAGUCUCCUGUGAAGAUUGAUAAUUCUGUCUGUGAUGAACCAAGAGAUGAUCAGUCGGACAAGUCACAGGAAGAUGACAAAAGUGAAAAUGUGGAGCGGAAAAAUGGAGUGGAGGAAACCAAUCAAAGUGAAAAUGUCAGGCAUGAAGCUGUGUCAGAAAAUAAUGAUGGAUGCAAGUUAAUGGAAGAACAGAAGAGACAUUGUGCCAUUGAGGAAAAAGACAAAUUUGAAGAGGGAAAGGUUGAUGGAUCUAUGGAAUGUAGAAGUGGAGAGGACACCAAGGUGGAGAGAUUAGACAGACAGGAAUCAGUGGAAUCCAGUGACUGUAGUGUGGAGGAUGUCUUUGAGAAUGGCGGGAUGAGGAGAGAGGAGGCAGUGGAGCCUGAUUCUGAUGAGGAGGACUUGAUCAGGGAGAUUGAUGAUAUGAUUCAGGUCUGUUCCAGUCAACUGGCUCGGAGUAUGGAAGAAGAAGAGGAGGAGGAAGAAUCAGAAAAUUCACAGGGGGAGGAUCUCAAUGAAAAUUCUCACAAACACCCGCAGCGAGAUAUGAGGAUAGACCUUCCUCUUAGAAGCAUUUCUCAGGACUCCACAGGGGAGGACGAAAAGUGUGUUCAGCAAGGACAAAAUGUGGAAAAGCAGUCUAGAAAGAUUAAUUGUGGGGCCAGUCCAAGAAUGAUCACCAUGUCCCAGAGCCUAAGCUUAGCUCAGUAUGCUCAGUCCAAGCGGAAAAUGUCUAGUUGUAGUGUGGAGUCCAAUACUUCUAAACAUUUAACUGACUCAGAUUCAGGAUCGGUGUUCAGCCCUGAGGAGUCGGAAUCUCCUCGGUUCUUUCCAGGCGAGAAAACGAGUCCCACGGCUGGAAAAUCUGUGUCGUGGUCCAGUGACGUGCAAUCUCCUAGUCAUUCUAAGUCAACAUCCUUCGCGAUAAAGAAACCCUUCAAUCCUUUUCCUGUAAGACAUUUCAAUGAGAACAGAGCCAAAACUGGAAUCAAACUGGGGAUGUACAAGACAUCAACAUUCAACCAGCUAGAGAAGCAAUCCAAAAGACGUACCUUAUGGAGCAAAUAGCCAUUUUAUAGCGUAUUAUGUUUCAGGAUGUAGAAUCAGUUUGUUUUAUUUUUUUGUGAAGAGACUGUGUAUUUAACAUACAGUUGGGUAAUUUUGUUCAGUUGGUAUUUUUGAGACAUCAAUAUGUCUUUUACGUGCAAUUAAUAUUAUUAUGAGAAUUUUCAUUUAUUUCUUUUGAUGAUGGUUUACAUUUAUCACUAUUGCUCUUAUCCAAAGAUAGUUUGUCCAUUUACUAAAGAAAUCCUUGUUCGUUUUAUGGUGUUUGGUUGUUUAUUAGUUAUUGUAAUUAUUUGUUGAUGUUCUUGUUUUAUUUCCUUUGUUCCUUUCUUCUUUUUUUUUUCUAUUUUCUUUUUUUUUUUUUUUUGUAAAUUUUGAUCAGGAAUGUAUUGAGAUGAAGUUUAUCAAGUUGUUGUUAAAAAGCAACAUUAUUAAGGGUUCAUGUAUUCAGAAAUUGCUCAUCUCUGAUACACAGGUGUUUGGUUUUUAUUUUUCUCUAUCUCUUUUGAAAAUUAAAAUGAUUGGAUAAGGUCUUAUAACCUGUGAUCAGUGCAUUGCCUGCAUUACAUAUUUGUAGAUUUCUAAAUACAGAGUGAGAGGGGGAUUAUUUUGUUAUUGAUUUGUUGCCUGUAAUUAUAUACAAGUCAUGUAUAUUUGAUAUAAAACUCAAUCCCGUUUGCCAAUAUUUUUAACAGAAAAAUUCAUCUCCAUUUUAUACAAGAAUAGAGAUCGUCAUAUAAAGUAAAGGCUGGUUGUCUCAACUGGUACAAUUUAGGUUAAUAUAUCCACCAACCACAGAGCUCCUACAUGUACCACUGCCACUACCAUACUGCUGAUCUCUCCAGUCAAGUAUCCACUAUUUACAAUGUUUAAAUCAUGAAUCCACAAUCUGUCAAAUUUCCUCCCAUAAUCAUUUUUUCCACAUGUAUUCAACAGUUUUCACUGUAUUUAAUAGCACUGAAAAAAAAAUGUAUUCUACUGCAAGGGAGAUAACUGCCAAUGGCAGAGAAUCUAUUUAAAGAAAUUAUGAAGAUUCUAUCAGAUGAUCUCUGAUUUUUCGAUGUUCAUAAAUCAGAUAUUUCUUUUUCUUUCAUUAGCUAUAUUUAUUUAUGGAGUUUUGUUGGAAAUUAUUACACAUACAAGUAAUAUAUAUUUGUUUUUAAUUCUAGUAUUAGUUUUUAUGCAAUUAUUAAGAAUCUCCCGUUUUAUUACUGAAUUUCAUGACAUUAAAUUCUCAAACCUACAUUUAUAUUCACUUUGACAGCUGAAAGCUCAUUCAUACCAAUGGUUGUGUAUCAGUAAUUGUUUAAGUUAUAAUUUAUUUGACAUUUGUAGAAAAUGGUUGUAUAUUAUAAGUUUUGAAAUGAGAGGUGGUUGUGAAUAAUCUUAUGAUUCAGUUCCAUAUAAUAAAUGUACUAAUAUGUCAAAGUUGAUUUACAAAUAUAAAAUAUAUACUUGUAUAUUUACAAAUGAGUGGGUGGUUGUGAAAUACAUUCCUUUGUUAUAAAAUUCUUGUUUUUUUGUAGAAAUAUUUUGCAUAAUUUUGUUGUUAUUUUAUCCCUGGGUUUUAGGUCUGGAAAAUGUUUGAGAC